UCGGCUGCGCCCCCCGCGCCGCGCACGGACCCCCCGGGCAGCUGCCACACUGGAAAUAUGGGGUCGGAAAACCCGAGUCCGCAGAACCCUGGCUGUAAGAUCAUGACCUUCCGGCCCAGCCUGGAGGAAUUCCGGGAUUUUGGGAAGUACAUCGCCUACAUGGAAUCCCAAGGAGCUCACCGGGCAGGGCUGGCCAAGGUGAUUCCUCCCAAGGAAUGGAAGCCCCGGAGAACCUACGACGACAUCGAUGACAUGGUGAUCCCAGCUCCCAUCCAGCAGGUGGUCACUGGGCAGUCAGGGUUGUUCACCCAGUACAACAUCCAGAAGAAGCCCAUGACCGUGGGGGAAUAUCGGCGCCUGGCCAACAGCGAGAAGUACUGCACUCCUCGGCAUCAGGACUUCGAGGACUUGGAGCGCAAGUACUGGAAGAAUCUCACCUUUGUCUCUCCAAUUUAUGGGGCUGACAUCAGUGGCUCCCUGUAUGAUGCAGACGUGGAUGAAUGGAACAUUGGCAACCUGAACACCCUCCUGGACAUGGUGGAACACGAGUGUGGCAUUAUCAUAGAGGGUGUGAACACUCCCUACCUCUACUUUGGGAUGUGGAAGACAACUUUUGCUUGGCACACAGAGGACAUGGAUCUCUACAGCAUCAACUACUUGCAUUUUGGGGAGCCAAAGUCCUGGUAUGCCAUCCCUCCGGAACACGGCAAGAGGCUGGAACGCCUGGCAAAAGGAUUUUUCCCAGGAAGCUCUCAGGGAUGUGAUGCUUUCCUCCGUCACAAGAUGACCCUCAUUUCUCCCUCCAUCCUGAAGAAAUACGGGAUUCCCUUCGACCGGAUCACCCAGGAAGCUGGAGAGUUCAUGAUCACAUUCCCUUAUGGAUACCACGCUGGCUUCAACCACGGCUUCAACUGUGCUGAGUCCACCAACUUUGCCACUUUGAGAUGGAUUGACUAUGGAAAAAUGGCAACCCAAUGCACGUGCCGCAAGGACAUGGUGAAGAUCUCCAUGGAUGUGUUUGUGAGGGUCCUGCAGCCAGAACGAUAUGAUUUAUGGAAACAAGGCAAAGACAUUGCUGUCCUGGACCACAUGAAACCCACAGCUCUGACCAGCCCAGAACUGGAUGCCUGGAAUGAGACAAAGGCAGAGCUGAAGGCAAAAUUGCUCCGCAGGAUAGGAGAUGAGGAAGAGGACAACAAACACCGGUCUCACAGAAAAAGGAGUCAGCACAGGAGACACAAAACAGAGGAUCAGAAGUCUCUGGGGGAUGUCAUGGCCAUUGAAACUGCCUUGGAAGAGGUGAAAGUAAAAGAGGAGCUGAAAAGAGGGACAGACCUGGAGGAAGAGGAGAGAAGCAAAGGGAUUGAGGGAGAAGGGGAGUGCAAAGUCAAGGCCCGUCCUCCCAAAGUGAAGGGCGAGAGGAAGAAGAAGCACCUUUUCCACCAACACCAGCACCACCUCCAAGCCCCUCAGCCCCCCGUGCAGCCCCCAGUGCCACCCCCAGCCCCACAGCAGCAGCAGCAGCUGGCAGAGGGCGAGGCGGUGGCAGCGCGGCCACCGGUGCCACCGGUGCCCCCGGCGCCGGCCCCGGCGGAGAAGAACCUGCCCCCGGGUCCCCUGAACAUCAUCCAGCCCUCGGAGGCGCCGGCGGAGGAGGAGGAUUUCAAGCCCAGGCCCAUCAUCCCCAUGCUCUACGUGGUGCCCAGGACCAAGAAGGUGGUGUUCGACAAGGAGCGCAUGUCCUGCCAGCAGGCCUUCGAGCAGUUCGCCACCCAGAAGAGCCUGGGCUGGAGGGAGCAGGCGGUGCCCCUGGAGAUCCCUGGGAAGGAGGAGGAGAAUGCAGAGCCAGCAACCCCAGAGGUCACUGCAGAGAGUGCUUCUGCUUUCUCCAAAAUGAAGAUGGAGAUCAAAAAGAGUCGUCGUCACCCCCUGGGCAAACCCCCGACCCGCUCCCCGCUGUCCGUGGUCAAACAGGAGACCUCAAGUGAUGAGGAAACGUUUCCAUUUUCUGGAGAGGAAGAUAUGAGCGAUCCAGAGGCUUUGAAAUCUUUACUUUCCUUCCAGUGGAAGAAUAAAGCACUUAAUUUCCCAGCUGAAAGAAAAUUCAAUGCAGCUGCUGCCCUGAGUGAGCCAUACUGUGCUGUCUGCACCCUCUUCUACCCCUACAACCAGUCCUUACAGGUGGAUAAGGAAGCUGUCCCAGUCUCCGGAGGGGAACCGUCCUCUUUCAUCCACCUUUCCAAGUGUGGACAGAAGACCAAGCCCCUGAUCCCAGAGAUGUGCUUUACCUCAAGUGGGGAAAACACGGAGCCCCUUCCUUCAAAUUCCUAUAUUGGAGAGGAUGGAACCAGUCCCUUGAUAUCCUGUGCCAAAUGCUGCCUGCAGGUCCAUGCUAGCUGUUACGGAAUUCGUCCAGACCUGGUGAAUGAGAGCUGGUCUUGCUCGCGGUGCUCAGCCAACGCGUGGGCAGCGGAAUGUUGCCUGUGCAAUCUCAGGGGAGGAGCUCUUCAGAUGACCACUGAUGGGCGGUGGGUCCAUGUAAUCUGUGCUAUUGCUGUCCCCGAGGCCCGUUUCCUCAAUGUAAUAGAACGUCAUCCUGUGGAUAUCAGCGCUAUUCCAGAGCAGAGAUGGAAACUGAAAUGUGUCUACUGUCGGAAGAGGAUGAAGAAGGUGUCAGGUGCCUGCAUCCAGUGCUCCUACGAGCACUGCUCCACCUCCUUCCACGUCACGUGCGCGCACGCGGCCGGAGUGCCCAUGGAGCCGGACGACUGGCCCUACGUGGUGUCCAUCACCUGCUUCAAACACAAAGCAGCAAACCAGAAUAUCCCAUUCCGAAGGGAGGUGGCCCUGGGGCAGACUGUGAUCACAAAGAACCGGAAUGGUCUCUACUACCGGUGCAGAGUGAUCGGCACAACCACGCAGACCUUCUACGAAGUCAACUUUGACGACGGUUCCUACAGCGACAACGUUUACCCCGAAAGCAUCAUUAGCAGGGAUUGCAUCCAAAUGGGACCCCCUCUGGAGGGGGAGCUGGUUCAGCUGCAGUGGACGGAUGGGAUCAUCUAUAAAGCCAAGUUUAUUGCAGCCCAGAUCAGUCAGAUUUACCAGGUCGAGUUUGAAGAUGGUUCUCAGCUAAUGGUGAAGCGUGGAGAUAUUUAUACCUUGGAGGAAGAGCUUCCCAAGAGAGUGAAGUCUCGCCUGUCCCUCAGCACUGGGGCCCCUCAGGAAGAUGUAUUUUCGGGAGACGAAGUGAGACCGGCCAAGCGUCCCCGGCUGGGGAAUUCCAGAAAUCCUGAAGAAUAUGGACAGAACCCAGAUUACUUGGCCUUUAUGGAGAGCCUGUUGCAGACACAGUACCAGCCUGGGACUCAGAGCAACAUGUUUUAACCAGGAUUAAUUAAAAAAAAAAAAAAAAAAAUCUUAAAUUAACCCUUUUUUGAGUUCGUGGAAAAAAAAAAAAAAAUAAAUGGGAAACUGUGGAAUGGAAGACCAGCCCUGUGCAAUAGUUUGCUGUGAAUUUCUUUCAUCUCCUCUUGGUUUGGACUGCAGGAAAACCCUGUCUGGCUCCACGCUACCUCGACCUUGCCAGGUGUUGCUGACCAAGAGAGUGGGGAGCUUGGAAAAAAAAAAAAAAACCUUCAGACAGCAUUUCCCACGGAGACUUUGGAAGAGUUUCUACAGAUGGAGUUUUGUGACUGGUUCUUUUUUCUUUUUUUUUUUUUUUUUUUUUAAUGAGGCUUGGAAAGGGUUAAAAUUUCACACACACACACACAAAAAAAAGACUUUUUCAAACCUGUCAAACUUUUGUCUUUCAAGGUGCUAUUACAUUGACUACUGAAGCAGCCUUUGGAAUCGUGUUUUCUGUACAUAGACGUCACCUUUGUGAAGUUUUCUAUGAAUGAGCAUUAUUAAAAAAAAAAAAAAAAAAAAAGAAAAACCGUGAGCAAAAACAGGAAAACAAAAAAGUUUCCACAAAGCAUUUUUCUAGAUGAUGGCUUUAAAAAAACAGAAAAGAAAUGAAAUCCUCUUCUCUCCCCCCCCUCCUCCUCCUCCCCUCCAAAUGAAUCGUGACUGAUGUUACACUGGGGAGAGGGAGCUCGAGAACAGAUGUCCUGGAACGUUCUGGGUUCUUUUUUUGUUGUUUUGGGGUUUUUUUUGUAAAGAAACACUAUCUUCUUUGUAAGCUGGGGAAGAUGGGGAAAGAAAUGUUUCACAGCUGGGAUGUUUCUUACCUUGAGCACUCUUAAAGCCCUGGCACAGACGGGGCCGUCGCUGCCGCGUCACCAGGAGGGCACUUAGGGCAGAAAUGGCCGGGUUUGGGUCGUUCUUGUCACCUUCCUUCCCCCAUCUUUGCCAUCACAGUUGCUUUCUAGAUGGAGAUCAGCAUGGCUUUCAGUUCCAAGAUGCCACUCUGUUUUUGGCAAGUGUUCUGUUGCUGCUUGUGUUAGUUCCUUCCGAGCCAUCCCCUUCCUGCUGCAGCCGAGAGCUCCGAGGGCUGCUCCGGCCCUCUGGUAGGCACUUCUCCCUUAGGAACCUUCUCCUUUCCUUUGUCUCCUUAUUUUUAUUUUUUAAUUAUUAUUAUUAUUAUUGGGUUUUGUUGUGUUUUUUUUUUUUUUUUGAGUUGUACUCCUUUACAGUGUGAGAAUCAUUCCAUGACAGAAGCCUGGGAGGCGUUUGUAUGUUUUUUCUUUGAUCCUAUUAAAGAAGAAAUUCCCCAACCGCCUUUGGUUGUCGUGACAUCCUUUCCUUGAGUAAAGACUGAGCCUUUUGAGUUACUCCCGGGGAAGAGGAAUGCGAGCCCUGCAUUUGACUGGACUCAGUUCCCUGAGGAUUGAAGGAGCAUUAAAGGCAAAACCAAACCCUAAAGUAUUGAGUGGGCAGCUCCCACUUGGACGCUUGGGAAUCGCCUCCGGUCGAAGAGCUGUCGUGGAGCAGCGUUUUGGGAAAGAGCCUCAUCCAAACUGAAGUCACUGGAAAGUCUUCCACGUUCUUUGGAGGACCUCAAUCAAGUCAGAGGGAGAGAACAAGGCAGUGCUAGGACAGAGCUGGAGAGGGAUGGGGUGGAGGUGGGCGAGGGCAGUCGGACCCUCCCCUCCCUGCCCGGAAUGCUGCACUGCAAUCUUUUCCACUUAAUUCCCUGAAAUUACUGGAUGGAGAGAGAGAGAGAGACAAUAUUCUUGGGGUUUCAUUAUUAUUUUUUUAAGCCCCUUUGCAAGGUGGCCGUUGUUCUGGGGAGAGAGGCUUUUUAAGCAACGCUCUGGCUGGAUCUUGAAGGGAAUAAGUGGGAAGGAUUUGUGGGCUGGCAGAUGGUAGAUUAGCAUCUUAAGAGACUCCGUGGGUAUUAAACUGUCCUAGUGAAAGAGUGGAGAUAGAAUAAAGCAAUUUAAUUUUUUUUUCUCUUUUUUUUUUUUUUUUUAAACUUUGGUUUUGUUCUCCCUUGAGAAUUGGAGUCCCCAGCCCUCCCUUCCUGCCUCUGCUACGGGUUAUUUUCUGUGUGUGCGUGGCCGCGCGUGCGUGUUUGUAAGACCUUGGAAAAACAGGGUUGUGUUUUGGUUUUUUGGUUUCUUUUUUUGGUUGUUUUUUUUUUUUUUUUAAAUUUCUCAGUUUUUGACGUUUUCAGUAGAUGUCUCCACCAAUAAAACCAAACUGAGACUAAUAAAAGUUUCAAAAAAUUGG